AUGCACAGCGAAAGCAGCAGAAGCAGCAACAGCAGCAGCAGUAGCGGCGGGAGGAGCAGCAGCAGCAAUAGCGGCAGGAGAAGCAGCAGCGGGUGUCGGCAGUUGGGGCUGCUCUGGGGAGUGUUGGUGGUGUUUCCGCUACAGCAGUUGCUGCUUCUGCAGCAGCACGGGACGCACUCAGCUGCGCUGAACCUGCUGCUGGUGCUGCUAACUCUGGUGCAGGUGUGGGACAACGACUACUACGAAGAGAAAGCGAAGGAAAAGGCUUCGCUGCUGGGAGUUGAAUCUCUUCUAGAGUUGCUACCAAAACCCAGAGAGAAGCCUAAACCGCCGCCGCUGCCGCCGUGCGGCUACCGGCAGCAGCUGCAGCAGCUCACAUUUAAACUCAACUUCGAGAGAGAAGCCAGCCGCACGAAAAUGGUCACCCUGCAGAGCCCCAGGAUGCAGCAGGGCGGGUUCUGGUGCGACAUUUGCGAGUGGUUGUGCAAGGACUCACAAGCCUAUUUGGAUCAUAUUAGCGGUUGCAACCACAACCAGCUUCUCGAUGG